CUUGUGGUCGACUGCUAAGUUGUGCCGCUUAUGAUCUAGUAUGACUGUGAAUUUGUGCACGAUGAAGUCGAAGAUUAUUUUGGUGAUCUGGUAAAAUGUAAGACCACCCGAAAUUUAAAUUUGAAUUUCCAAGCAACAAAAAAAAAACAGCGUCGCAUCUUGUAUACUUCACAGAAUCAGAAAUAGAAGUACACCUACAACCUCCAUAACAAUCUUCAUCACGAAUUUUGACGACACCAAAUUUUACGAAAGUAACCCAACUUUUCUUAAAGUGCUACAGUGCACAGGCAUAACCUAAACGAACCUACCAACAAGCUUUCAGAUUUUACUACAAAGGCAGAAGUUCUACUUCCUUUAGAUCCAUCGAAAAACUACAGAAACCGGAGCAUUUUUUCCUUUUCGUAUUCAGAACAUACAUAACAAGCACCAAGAUCUUCGAAAGAUGAACAAGAUGUUGUCUUCGUGUGCUGUUUUAUUCUUUUCCCUAGCGGGCGGCCAUCAAGUCGCAGUCCUGGCCGCCGAGUCGCCGACUUCCCCAGGAGGUGGUCCUCGUGGUCCCGCGCUGAGUAUUCUUAAUUUUCACGGCCAAGAGAUGCAGAGGAUUCCGUUUGCAGAAUUAUGCAUUGCAAAUAUGUCUGGGUCUGGAAACUUGUGAUGUAAGUCUGUGAAUCGUGGGCCCACUACAAUAUGCAGCCAAGCAUGACAAGCUUUUGCAUGUGCCAUGUGCUUCGUUUUCCGCAUGGCAAACUGCGUUUUUGCAUGACCACAGGGUGUCCGUCUCAACGAUACGAUACGAUGACAGACAGGAGGCCCCGUUCCUGCUUACGCAUCGCAGAUCCAAGAGUCAUGCCAGACAAGCAUGACAAGCCCUGCAUUCUUCCAGACCCAGGCAUUGUUGCAAUGCAUAAGAUUGGUGGUACAACAACCGGACAGUUGCGGACCUUUUCAACAAGGUGGAGACCGGCGAAUGGGAGCCAGCGUCGGCGCACGAGGAGGAUGCGGUGUUUGAUUGUGGAAGUACCGCGCAGCUCCUCGCGGUCGAUAUUGUCCCCGUUCGCUUUGAUAAUACCUUAUCACAAGAAAAAAAUGUAGUCACAGGCAGUUACACACGACCCUACGGAUGCAAGACCAGCAAGACGUCAUGCAGGAAAUGCGUGGCAGUCUCAUUUCAUGCGUGUUUCUUUCCCUUAUAGUCUGCGCACCACAACAAGUUUUCUUUGCCAUGCAGGACAACAUCUUUGUGAUGCUGAAACUACAACAUCAAAUGUGUAAUAACUGUGGAGCCUUUUUUUUCCGGUGAUAUCCAUGCGUCUUAGGAAAGUACCAACUGACAGAUCCGCAGGUACUUGGGGGGUUUCCACAAGUACGGAAGGCUGCGCUUUUCUCUUCUUCGUCCACGCCCCCAGAGAGCAAAGAUAUACGGCUCCGAUAUGUCCGUGCUACGCGCCAGAAGCUAGCUUUUGCCACCCUGCUCAGAAAAAUGUACCGCUUACUCACGGUAUCCAGGAACGCCCCGCUACUUGAGUCUUCCGGUCCCACAGCGGAGAAGGCGGACCUGAAAAAGUUGCUGGGCGACUUCUGGUAUGCUCUGCAAAAGUUGUGUCUGACACUCGUACGAAUCGCACGCGUGCAUGAAAACAUCGGAGCUACUUUCUUUUUACCUAAUUCUGCAUCACAAUAAAUUUUCAUCUUCUUCUUGGAGAAAUCAUUUGCCAAAUGCGAUUUCACUACCAGUACGAAAUAGUACUUUUGCAAUGCAUAUCUGGCACGAGCAUACGCACGCACCAGAAGUUGUAGAGGUGCAAGAUGGGCAGCCUGGUCGUUUAGAGCACCAGCUUCGAGCCUUUUUGAUGGGCCCCGGUCGGAGCACAAGAUCGCCGCAUGAUCCGGCGCCCGCAGCGUAUUUACUACCCGACGACGCGGAACUUCGUUGGUUUCUGAAUCAGAUUAUGAAAUCCAAAUGUGUCUGGGUCCUCUGGAACAUGAUGGCAACUUGUCAUGCCAAAUUUGAAUCAUGCAAAAAUCUGUGUUGUAUGAUUGCCAACAGCUGCCCAGACUUUUGACCAAGUUGAGGGGAGGUUUGUUUCUCAUGCAGGAUUUUUGGCAUUUGAGGUUGAUAAAGUAGAUCUCCCUCUUCACAGAAUCCAAUCUGUCGUGGUCCUGAGUCCUGCAUUUCAGACCUCAUGAGUCAUGUAAAACCUGCAUGACCACGACGCCAAUCUUUCCAGAUCGGCAGAUCGAUAUUUGCAAUGCAUACAGGUGGACCGUGCUCUCCUGUCGGCUGCAGCGGAGCCUCAAGAACAGGCGGAAGCGGAGUCGAAGAUUGUCCUGCGUUAUGGUUCUCCCGGACAAGGAGUGAAGGUGUACUCAGCAGGGGAAAUUAAUCCUGGACACGUUAGAGUUAGCAUUGAGGUGGGCGGCCCCCGCCCCGGCCCGGCCGCCGCAGAAAAUCCUAGGCCCCGCCAGGGACGCGGCAGAGGACGUGGCAGGGGCCGCGGCCGGCGGGACAACGAGGUGGACCCGCAGCCGAAGGCGGAGCCGGUCAUUUCCAACUAUCCCAGAGAAAAAAGCAGGCAGGGCAUAUAAUUUGUAUAUAUGCAAAAACAAUAAAUACGCAAAAAUAAAAAUCUGUCACGGGCGGCCUUGUAGCAUGCUGUUUAGGAUCAUUCGCAAUACAGAUUUUUUUGUGUAUUUAUUCUUGCAUAAUUAUCUGCCUGCUUUUUGUUUUUUCUGUGGGAUAAUAGUACCAACCAAACUGUGCAUAUACCUCCAGAAAGCAUGCCGGCGAAGAUUUUGGCGAAAAUUUCUCGGGAACAAGAACAACGGCGCGACCCACGAAUGCGUGGACGACACCUCAACUUAUCAAUAGGAAAAAUCCCUCCUGCUCCCCAUAUCGAAAUAAAGGCAUGCUUCCGAGAUGAAUUUGUGUUGCUGAUUUGAGGCCACAAAUCACAUUUGUUUUGCAAGAAGACACGGGCACCAGAAGCUUCCGCCCCAUUAACAUUAUGGAAGCGAGCUGCCAUGCUGUUGGGCCUAAAAGUGGCCAGCCGCUUGCCGUGCUGCACAACUAGACCCAGACGGUCCUUCUACCUAGCUUGGGGAAGAUCUGGCCGCAAGAGUGCCUCUCUGCAAUACAAACCUGAUUUCUUGUGUACACAAAUUGAGCGUGAGAUGAAAAUCCGUUGUGAUAUGGGGAGGGGGGAUUUUUCCAUACGAUACCACUCUCCUUUUCCUCCCGCGUGGCUCCGCACCUGGGAUUAUGGAUUGUAAAAAUGUCUGGGUCUGGAAGAAUGCAUGUUUGUCAUGCUUGUCUGGUAUGACUCUUAAAUCUGUCAUGCACGUUACCCAGGAGCUCUGUUUUUCUGUGAUGCAGGAACGCAGUUUGUCAUGCAGAAUAGGCAACACCUAGAAGCUCAGAAACUUUUCAUGCUGAGCGAGCAUUUGUGGCCUCACAUGAGACGCCACCCAGCAUCACAAGUUUCCAGACCCAGACAUUUUUACAUUUGAUAGGGGUUUGAGUGUGGUGGAGGACGGUUUUGAGAUGGACCAUCGGCAUGGAGUUGGGGCGCUUCUUCUAUGCAUUGGAAAUAUGUCUGGGUCUGGAAGAAUGCAACCUGUCAUGCUGAUACUGGAUAGUGCAAAAAUCUGUGUAGCAUGAUUACCAAAAGCUGCCCACUUUUGUUGACCAAGCAGCGAGGGAGCUUCUCAUGCAGACGAGGCAUGAUAGAGGUCGGGGAGGAGCAGAAUCUGUCAUGCUGGUGGGUCAUGUAUAUGACAGAGGACCUCACGUGGUCGCGACAUGGAUGAAAACUGCCAUGACAAGUCUUGUAACCUUCCAGACCCAGAUAUUUUUGCAAUCCAUAUCUAAGCAUCACAUGCGAGUUGGAGCUGCGUGAGGAGAACCGCUAUGGCCUGACGCUCUCCUUCACCUUUCGUUUAGUUUUUCAUCACGGCAUCCCCUGACGCCCUCUUUGACUUAUGUUUCCUAAAACUCUAUGCUUUUAGGAGCCUUGAGCCUGAAGAGGACACGGAGGGGGUGGUCCUCUCCUGGCGUUUACUUACGUGAGUGGUACUGUUGGAGGGAUGAAAAGUGAUGUUGCAAAGAAGGUUGAUCAGCAUAGUAGAUCUUGUUUUUUUGACUGCAAACAAGGUUUAUCAGCAGCACCGCGGAGGUUUUUUGACUAGUACAACCUACCGCAGCUAGAGCUAGCGUAACAAGUCGUGCUUUUCGAAAUUAAUCAUAUGUACUUUUUCAAGCGAUGAACAAUCAAAGGGGCCCGGGCCGAGGGAGUGGUCAGGGUCGUCUUCGUCUUCCCAAAACAAGCAUUGUCCUAUUCUACUAAGGAUAAAAAUCCACGUAUUGAAGUUUUUGAAGUUGAAGACCACGAGGCAGUUGAAGUUUUUACAGUUUUUGAAGUUGAAACUAUACAACAAAAUUAUGCAGCGGACGAAGUAGCGCCAGCACCGGGAGUGGCAUGCAGCUUCUGACAUUGCAGGAAAUGAAUUUAUCUUGUUUAGCACGUUUACUUUAUAGGCCACGGAAGCAGGUCCGACUCAGAAGAUCAAGGUAGUUGUAUGAUUUUUGAACUUGAUCCCUAUGGGAAGUGCAAAAUUCAAGCUUCCCAGUGGGAUUUUUUGUGGCAAAAAUGUAUGAUUUUUAUUUACCCUUUUUUGGCUUGAGCAAGAUGGACCUGUUUUUAUUCCAAGGUCGUGUAGUUGUUGGCGACAUUCUACACGGCAACUUGUAAGAUCAUUAUAUUGACCCCCUACUGGUACUAAAAAGGGAUACUUCUUCUAGGGAAGAAGAAGUGGACCUUGAUUUUGAACCUCAAAAAUUUUUCGAACCGGCAGUCAAAAAUUUAGAUCGCGUGGAGUGUGUGACGAGAGCAAGUACUAUAACAUUAAAUCCGUCAGUUCAUCUUCUACUUGGAAAUUUGCAUACCUUGGGCGUGGUCUCCAGAGUUGGUCGCUGAACAUUUAUUUUCCGCCAAAAUAAAGCUGAAAGCGCCCACAUAAUGAACAUGUUGUAUUAUCUUCACAUAGUGCGGACCAGCAGCAGCUCCAAGAAGAAGGAAAAAGGAUGACGAUAGCCAUGCACGCACAUGAUCCACGAUAAUUCGAUCCAUUAUUGCAGACUACAGACACGACUUUUUGCUAAACCAGGAUACAACUAACGCGUGUGAGCUGUGAACUGAAAUAAACGGAACACGGGAAGAACCUCCUCCAGCACGACAAGGACAAUGAUGUAGAAGAGCAAGAAGUUUGUGUGUAGUCAAGUUUGCGAUUGCAAAGCCGAAUCCACCGUCGAAAUCAAUGAUCGUCUACGACGGCCCCUUG